CCCAUAUUAAAAGGUCAGAAACGGAAGAGAAGAGAGAAGAGGAGAGAAGGCAAAAGGAGGCAGAAACAGUCUUGCGUCCAAAGAGGAAGACAGAGGAGUAGACAGGCUACAAAAUGGCAUUGCUCCUGUGGCUGGGGUCCCAGCUGUCAUCCCUCUGGAGCAACAUCUCUGUACUGGGUGUUUUUAUUACAGUCUUUGCUGUACUGCUUGACUUCAUGAAGCGCAGGAAGAAGUGGCACCAUUACCCCCCGGGCCCAGUGUCUCUGCCAUUCAUCGGGACCAUGCUCUCCGUUGACUUCCACAACCCCACCCACUCCUUCAAACAGCUUCAGAAGAAGUAUGGAAACAUCUACAGCCUCCAGAACUGCUGGACCAACCUGGUGGUGCUGAAUGGGUAUAAAACAGUGAAGGAAGCCCUGGUCCACAAGUCAGAGGACUUUGCUGACCGGCCGUACGUUCCAAUGUAUGAACAUAUGGGCUAUGCAAAGAAUUCUGAAGGUGUUGUUUUCGCAAGAUACGGGCACAUGUGGAAGGAGCUAAGGAAAUUCACGCUCUCUACCUUGAGGAACUUUGGGAUGGGAAAGAAGUCCUUAGAAGAGCGAGUGGUAGAGGAAGCUGGAUUUCUUUGUUCAGCAGUCAAGUCUGAAGAAGGUCGUUCUUUCGAUGUUCAUGGUCCUGUAAAGGCUGCAGUCUGCAACGUGAUCUGCACUAUUGUCUUUGGAGAGCGUUUCAACUACAGUGAUGAGACAUACAACAAACUCUUGAGUUUCUUUGAAAAUUCCCUGAGUGAAGAAACUGGAUUCCUUCCUCAGUUUCUUAACGUGGUGCCCAUUUUGUUGCGCAUCCCCGGACUGGCACAGAAAGUCUUUCGAAACCAAAAGGCUUUCAUAGACUACAUUGGUGGGCUCGUAGAUAAACACGUGAAGACCUGGGACCCUGCUCACACCCGAGAUCUCACGGAUGCAUUUUUAAAGGAAAUGGAGAAGGGUAAGGAAGCUGAAGAGAAAGGUUUCCACUAUCAGAACCUUCGUCUGGUAGCUGGAGAUUUGUUUGGAGCUGGUUCUGAGACCACCACCACCACUCUUCGGUGGGCAUUGCUGUAUAUGCUUCUCCACCCAGAAAUACAGAGUAAGGUCCAAGCAGAGAUUGAUAAGGUGAUUGGGAGAGAGAGACCCCCCACCAUGAAGGACCAACUGAGCAUGCCUUACACUAAUGCUGUGAUCCAUGAAGUGCAACGCCGUGGGGAUAUUGUUCCCAUUGGACUACUUCACAUGACGUACCGGGACACCGAGUUGCAAGACUUCUUUAUUCCCAAGGGGACAACAAUCAUCGCCAACUUGUCUUCUGUGCUGAAGGAUGAGACAGUCUGGGAGAAGCCAAAUGAGUUUUACCCUGAACACUUCCUGGAUGCAAACGGGCAGUUUGUGAAACCAGACGCUUUCAUGCCCUUCUCAGCAGGUCGCCGUGCCUGCCUGGGAGAACAGCUGGCCAAGAUGGAGCUCUUUCUUUUCUUUACCACUCUCCUGCAGAAAUUCACGUUUGUGCUCCCUAAGGACCAGCCCAGGCCACGGGAGGAUGGUCGCUUUGCUCUCACAAACUCCCCACACCCGUACCUUUUGCAAGCUGUCCCAAGAUAAGCGCACACCACUCUCCUUUCACUCAAGGGCACCAGCAAUGCAAACUUUAUCAGGAAUAUUGCAGGUCUAGGCAGGAUCAUGCUGGGCUCCACUUAAGGCCUCUCAAGUCAAAAAAACGUCCACAGCUGUCUAAAGUAAGGAUCUAGCCCAGUAUCUCGUUUAGUUUAAGUCUGGUUCUAGAUCUUGAACCAAACAGCUGUAGGAAGUUAGUAAUGGCAAUCAAGUUUGUAAGGAUAUUUUUGCCUAAUCAGCCAGCUUUGCUGUACUUCGGGCUCUCAUAGGUUGCAGAAGCAGUUCGCUGAACACACAGCUUCUGAAAGAAUUAUUAGCCCUGAAUUAGUUUACAGAAAUACAAGGAUAUCCUGGGUAAAAGACAACCCUGGGGUCUUGCUGAUUCUGGAAGCAAAAAAAACCUGUAAGGUACUAGUGUUAGCCCCACUGCCUAUCUGGCCAUGCUCUGCCUCUCCUGCAGUGUAGCAGUGUGUGCCUCUGCCUGGUGCCCAGGGGAGCCCAGCUCUGGCUUGGUUCCUGAAAAAAACAAGGGAUGGUCAGCUGAUUUGGCUGGUGCUGCUGGUGGGCAGGGUGAGAGCUUCAGCUCCAACAAGGUGACAUUUAAACGCAGUUUCAGAGCAGAGCUCCUGAAAAAUUUUACGAUCCAACAUAUACAUGUCUUCUUUGUUCCUUCCUAAUUAUUACAUACUCCUCUCUAUUGCACAAAUAUUGCAUUGUUUUCAUUUAUAGCCCCAAAGAAAGUAAGUUUUAAUCCUGACAACCCUUAUGUCUCGCUAUUCCUCCAGUAGGAGUAAAUACCAAGGAAUACAUAAAUAAUGCAUAUGGUGUGUCAGCCACAGAAGCAGGUAAUUUGUGAAAUACAGAAAUUUCUAUAAAUACAUUUCAAGAGAAAUCCUGCUGUUUAGAUUUAUCAUUUCCUCUAAUUAGGUCCUGAUAACUGUUUUGGGUUUUUUUCAGCAUUGCUGAAAAUCGGUUGGGGAGGUUUGGAGCUCACAAAGGGGUGGAGUUGUACUGUUUGAAACUAUAUGAUGAUGAUGAUGACUUCAGAACUACCUUUCUCUUUCUUCCUGCAAUAUUUCUGACAAAUUGUUUUGCAAGGUGUUAAGAUAUGUUGAUAUUUAGAUUAACAGUAGCCUUUUAACCACAUGGCUGAAAGGACCAUAGCAUAAAGGAGUUUCUAUGUAUAACCACCACUAAAAAAACCCAAAUACCUGAAACUGAGUGCAUGUGUGUGGACACGUUCAUAUCUAUCUUUGUAAGGUUAAUUUUGGAAGCUAUGGAAGCUACUGAAUUAUGCAGAUACUUAUUAAUGCAGUUGUUAAGAUUUGUACUCCAUGCUAAGAUUUGUACUUCAUGCUUUUAAUCCCAAAAAAACCCCUGAAAGAAUAAAAGUUGUUUCUUGCCUCUC